GUCCCGGCGGGACACAGCACUUUCGGUUCCCGUUGGUGGCGGCGCAGCGGCAUGUGCUGCACACGCAGCCGCGGCGGACGGGAGCGAACCCACCCGGCGUGAGACGCGCCGUGCCCCGGCUGCAGCCCGCGAGGAACCAAUGUCAUGGCUGACGAAGAGCUGAGCGCCAGAGCCACCAAAAAGGGAAGUUUGUCACCCAGCAGCUCGCGGGACAGCGGGACCGAGGCGAGCACCCUGCUGCAGGAGCUGAGGAGCAGCAUCUCCAAAUCCGUGCAGAACAAAGUGGAUUCCAUCCUGCAAGAUGUGCAGAAGUUUUCAGACAACGACAAGCUCUACCUCUACCUCCAGCUGCCGUCGGGACCGAGCCUGGGGGAGAAGAGCAGCAGCCUGGACCUGAGCUCACUGAGCGCAGCCGAGUACAUGCACGCCUGCAACUGGAUCCGCAACCACCUGGAAGAGCACACGGACACCUGCCUGCCCAAGCAGGACGUCUACGACGCCUACAAGCGCUACUGCGACAACCUCUGCUGCCGCCCUCUCAGCGCCGCCAACUUCGGCAAGAUCAUCAGGGAGAUCUUCCCAAACAUCAAAGCCCGGCGCCUGGGGGGACGAGGACAGUCAAAGUACUGCUACAGCGGGAUCCGGAGGAAGACGGUGGUCAGCCUGCCGCCCCUGCCCAGCCUGGACCUCAAAGUGACGGAGACUCAGCAGCAGCAGUCGGAGCUGACGGACCUGGUGCAGUCCUCCAACAGCGAGGUGAUGGAGGCAGCCUGUGCCCUGACCUGCAACUGGGCUGAGAAGAUCCUCAAGCGCUCCUUCAACAACAUCGUGGAGGUGGCCCAGUUCCUCAUCCAGCAGCACAUCAUCAGCUCCCGCUCGGCCCACGCCGACCUGGUCAUGGCCAUGGCGUUCUCAGAGAGCAUGGGGAGCAUGUGCUACGAGAGUCGGACUCCAGUGACAGUGAAGAAGAACGACCUGGAUGCCUCUGAGAGCAGUGACAGAAGCCAGGGGCAGGUGAGACCCCCCCAGAGCGGGGUGCAGAGCCAGGACCCCCCAAAGCCCCCGUUCAGCCAGGGAGGACACGCUCAGGAAAGCAGCCCAGCUCUGCCACGACAUCCCCCGGCCAGCACCAGUCUCUGCGCACAGAUGAAGACAGAAAGUGUCCCCAAGCCCCUCGUCUCGACCUACCCCGAGAAGAAACCCCCAGAGCCCCCCAAAGUGGACAGCAGCCCCCAGGUGACCGCCCUGGUGGCGCGGCUGCCACUGCUCCUGCCCCGCAUCUCGCCGGGGGAGCGACCGACGGCGCCCGGCGCCGCCACCAUCCGCUCCUCCCCUCCCGUGCUGGCGCCCAAAAUCACGGCCACCCCCCUGGGGGGCACGGUCAAGGUGGCCCUGCCGCUGCCAGUGGGCACGGCCUCCCCCUCGCUGCCCCUGGGGCUGGCCCCGGGUGCCAACGGGCCGGCGGGGCUGCUGAGCCAGCAAGCGGCUGUCCCCGUCCUCAACGUGCUGCUGCCCGGCGUGGGCGUCCCCGCGGCCGACAGCCCCCCGGCCAACCCCCGCAGCGCCGGAGCCGGGGACGGGCCCGGCCCCCAGGACUCGCAGCCCCCCAGGACCCCCAAACGCUGUCCCCCGGAGCCCCCCGGCAGCGCCGUCCCGCGGAAGCGCAGCCGCGGGCGGCCGCGGAAGCGGCUGGGGGAAGGGGCCACGGGGGACACGGCCGAGCCCCCGCGCGCCGGCGCUGGUGGCGGGGAGGCUCCUGGCAGCGGCGGUGCCACCGGACCCCUCGGGGCCAGCCCGGCCGGCGGCUCCUUGCCCACCGCGCUCAGCCUCGGCCGCGGGGCCGGCGCCGAAGGGGCCGAGGGCCGGGAGCUGACGGCGGGGCGGCGCAGCCCGAGCGAGGCCGGGUCAGUGCUGAGGGAUGCCAGGGCUGCCCCCCGGGCUGGGGGAGGGCACAGGGACCCCCAGACGCCACAGCACGACGGACAGACGCAGGCAGGGGCUGGACAUGCCGCUGCUUCAGCCCGUGUGCCCGUGUCCCGGGGGGGCUCGCCGGGGCUCUGUGCCCACCCUGGCUCUUAGGGGCUCUGGGCCACUCCCUUCCCCACCCCCCCACGCUCUGCCAUUAAAAACAAGUGCACUCUG